UAUUAUUAAAUUUUACAAAAUGGCCAACAAAUCACAAACUUAUAAUUUUAAGGGUAUCACCUCUAUACCUACAGCUACUAAGCUGAUAGACAUCGUUUUAUCGCAAACUCAACGAAAAACGCCGACUGAAGUCCACAAACAAUUUAAAAUCUCAAGAAUUAGGAAGUUUUACAUGAGGAAGGUCAAAUUCUGCCAACAGACUAUACACGACCGCUUGCAGCGAAUUUUAUCACAGCUUCCUCAAUUAAAUGAUAUUCACCCAUUUUAUUCUGAUCUAUGCAAUGUUUUAUACGAUAGGGACCACUAUAAACUAGCACUGGGACAGUGUAACUCAAUAAUGAGAGUAGUUGACAGAUUAGCUAAGGAAUAUGUAAGGCAAAUGAAGUACGGAUCAUCUCUAUAUCGGUGUAAAAUGCUAAAGAGAGCUGCUUUGGGCCACAUGUGCACAGCACUUAAGAGACUUCAAGGGAGCCUAAAGUACCUCGAGGAUGUAAGACAGCAUAUGUCGAGAUUGCCAUCAAUUAACCCAUAUACUCGAACACUCAUUCUAACUGGGUACCCUAACGUUGGAAAGUCUUCAUUUAUGAACUUGGUUAGUAAAGCAAAUGUUGACGUUCAGCCUUAUGCCUUCACAACAAAGUCCCUAUAUGUUGGCCACUUCGACUAUAACUAUCUCAGAUGGCAAGUUAUUGAUACCCCAGGGUUACUAGACCAUCCGUUGGACCAGAGAAAUACCAUUGAAAUGACAGCUAUAACUGCGCUGGCACAUAUUUACUGCACAGCUUUAUUUUUUAUUGAUGUAUCUGAGAGUUGUGGGUACUCAAUAGCUGACCAGAUUUCACUUUUCAAAUCAAUAAAGCCGCUAUUUCAAGACAGACCAAUACUCAUAGUGGUUAACAAAAUCGACCUGGUUCCAUUCAAUAGAGAAGCAUUGGCUGAAUUGGCCGAUUAUAAAUGGGUUUGUACAUCUGCUUUAACAGGUGAAGGAGUUGAAGAAGCUAAAAUUGAGGCUUGUAAAUUACUCCUCCAAGCACGCUUAAACACCAAGAUCCAAAAUGCCAGCAUUGAAAAACUCGAGAAAAUAAAUUACGUUACAAACGUCGAACCUAGCGUAGAUAGACCGCCAGUUGAGCCUACCCCUAAAAGCUCAGAUGAAAAGGUCGUGACGGAGAAGGAUUUGGAAGAAAAGUUUGGUGGAGCAGGUGUUUACUCGGUAGACCUAAGGAAAAACCACAUUUUGGCAAACGAGGAGUGGAAAUACGAUGAAGUUCCAGAAAUUUACAAUGGCAGGAACGUGGUGGAUUUCGCGUUUCCAGGAAUUGAGGAGAAGAUAAAGAUGCUCGAACGUGAGGAGGAGCUCCUCCUCCAGCAACUUCAAACGACAGAACAAGAUAUCCAGUGGGAUAUUCUAGUCGAGAAGGAGAAGUUACUCAAUUCAGUAAUUAGGAAAAAGAAAUAUGAAAAGAGCUUAAAGAAGAAACAUAGAGCACCUGUGCUUAACGAAACUAUUAAACUCAAAAAAGUGAGGAAGGAGGCCAAGGAAAGGAGACUUAAGAGGCUUAAUGACAUGCCAAUUGACAGCAUUAGGGCCAAUAAAAUUAAAACUGAUCGUGAUGAGAUGGUUGAGAAACUGCAGUUGGCUAAAUCGAGACAACGUGAGAAACCUGCUAUGCCUAAGAAGUUUGAGAAGCCAAAACAGAGACUUAAGCUUCCAAAGGGUACAUAUAGGAUGAAUGACAGGUCAAUAAUAUCCAAGAAACCUAAACACAUGUUCUCGGGUAAACGCACAUUGGGCAAGACUGACCGAAGGUGAUUCCUCGGUCAUUUUACUAGUUUCUUCAAAAUAUGAAUUUUAUAUUAUAUUUUAA